AUGGCAGGUAACUCGCGUAAGACGGAUAAAGAUAUUGCCAAACACUCUGUUUUGAUAAUGUAUAUUCAAAGGUAUCUUAAUGUUAAAGUUGAUGAAACAUUUACCAUCAUCAAUAAUGCUGCUUUCCGGUUCCACCCAAGAUGUAAAAGGUUGAACUUAAUUCAUGUGUGUUUUGCUGAUGAUUUGCUGCUAUUUUCUAGAGGUGAUGUGGAUUCUGUCUCACAACUUUUUGAAGCUUUUAGCUUGUUUAGUGCUGCUUUUGGCCUUAAAGCAAAUCAGGUUAAGAGCUCAAUUUAUUUGGGAGGUGUAUCCAUGAGCUUUCAAGAUGCUAUUGUCACUAAGUUUAACCUCAUCAAAGAUGAGCUUCCUUUUCGGUUACAACUUAUCAAAUCAGUCUUGUUUGGUGUUCAAACUUAUUGGAGUCAGGUUUUUGUGCUUCCUCAUAAGGUUCUAAAACUUAUUCAAACAGCUUGUAGGGUAUUUGUCUGGACCGGAAAAUCUGGCACUUCCAAAAGAGUUCUUAUUGCUUGGGAGCGUAUAUGUCUACCUAAGACAGCUGGUGGGUGGAAUGUAAUUGAUUUGAAAGUUUGGAAUCAAACUGCAAUUUGUAAACUUCUUUGGAAUUUGGCCAACAAGAAGGAUGUUUUAUGGGUGAAAUGGGUUCGUGAAUAUUACACUAAGGGGAGGAAUGUGCUACUCAUGGAUGUGUCUGCACAAGCUCCAUGGGUAAUAAAAAAAGUCUUUGGUGCAACAAAGACUAUUUCAAGUGUUGAUGGCAGUAUUUUUCAACAAGCUAAUUUCUCUAUUAAAAGAAUGUAUAAUGCUUUAAGAGGUGACUUUGCAAAGGUAGAUGAAAAGAUGGAAACACUUGAAGAGGGGACGGAAGUUUAA